AUGUCAAACAUCCUAUCCAUCCCCUUUCGCAAGUCGACCCACCUCUCGCUUGCUUCUACGAUACGGCAGUAUAUCAACACCAAAUAUGACCAGCACCCGGAUAUGUUCAAGCAUGACCUCGAGGUCAUUGAUGCACUUCGGCGCGAUGCGGUGAACGUGCGAGAACCGCAUCCGAGCGGCAUCAAGAAACUUCAAGCUUAUGCCGGGCAGCUUGUUUGGGUUGGGGGCAAGUUUCCCAUAGAUAUUGGCGCCGAAUUUUCGUGGUACCCUGCGCUUGGAUACAAUACCGAGCGCCCUAUGGUGCGGAACAACCUCAAGUACGAGCUUAUGAACAUUCUCUACAACCUCGCCUCCCUCUACUCCCAGCUCGCCAUCAACACGCCCCGGGGUAACACUGAAGGCCUCAAAUCAGCAGCAAACUACUUCUCCCUCGCGGCUGGCGUUCUAUCACACAUGCAAAAAGAGAUCCUCCCCGAACUGCGAAUGUCCGAUCCUCCCGAAGACAUGGACCACGACACACUCGAGUCGUUGAUCCAACUACUCCUUGCCCAAAGCCAAGAAUGCUUCUGGCAAAAAGCCGUUAUGGACGGCUACAAAGAUGCGUCAAUUGCAAAGCUCGCAGCCCGAGUGUCCGACCUUUAUAACUUUGCUGGCGAAGCUGCUAUGAAGAGCGAAGCCAUAAGCAGUGCCUGGAUCCACCACAUGAGCGCCAAGCAUCAUCACUUUGCUGCUGCUGCGCAAUACCGAGCAGCGUGCGAUUGUCUUGAGAAGAGAAAAUAUGGAGAAGAGGUUGCGCGACUCAAAGAUGCUGUUGCUUGUGCGACGGAGGGCAUUAAGGAGGCCCGAAGUGGCUAUCUUGGCAAGACGGUGGUUGACGACCUCAAUGGGUUGAAGCGCAAGGUUGAGGAAGAUUUGAAGCGAGCAGAGAAGGACAACGAUGUUAUCUACCUAAUUGCUGUACCACCAAAGUCGGAGCUCAAGAUUCUUGAUCGCGCAAACAUGGCCGUAGCUCGGGUUCCACCGCAAGUUGCCAACCCCUAUGACUACUUUGGAGACCACGCCGAGUUCGGACCAGCUUUGUUCUCUCGACUUGUCCCCUUCUCGGUGCACGUCGCCACAUCGAUUUACGAGGAACGACGUGAUCGCAUGGUUAGCCAGAAUAUUAUUCCGGAACUUGAAUCGCUCACAGACAAGAUUCACGAAAUUCUCACAUCGCUUGGGCUACCUGGAUCUUUACAGGCUCUUGAGAAACCCCUGGGUCUACCGCCAAGUUUGGUCCAACAUGCUGAGGAGAUCAGACAAGCGGAUGCCAUUGGCAGAGUGCAAAAGGGCUUUGCGGAUAUUGACAAGUUGCGGUCUGGAGAUAUGGCAAUCUUCGAAGAGGGCAAAGCGGCUCUAGCUUCGGAAGAAGAGGAAGAUCAGCGGUUACGGAUGAGAUACGGAACAGAACGAUGGGUGCGACCCGAGAGUCGGCAAGAUCCUCAAGGUGGAAAGCUCUGGCAGCACGCUUCUGAGAUCGAGAGUUACUUCCAAAGCAGUAUCAGUAGUGACGCGGUCGUCAGAGAGAAGUUCGGAGCGAUCCAGGACCUGCUUGCUAUCCUUUCCGGACCGGACCGAGAUCUGAUGGACUCUGUGCCGUCGAGCCGACGGGUUGACAUACCCGAGACUUUGAAACCUGUCAUAGGAAGAUUGCGCGGCGCAUACAACGACGUUCUUCGUCUCGAGAGCCGUCGUCGCAAAAAGGUUGAAAGUUUGCGGGAAAACGCCCGGCGCGAUGACAUUAAGCCGGACAUUCUCAAGGAAGCAGCCCGAUUGGAGCGAGCGUAUCCUAACACAGCACUCGUCCCGGCUCACUUUGAGGAGUUCUUUGACAAACGACUUGAUAAGUUGUAUGAGCCCGAAGUUGAAGCGAUUGAAAAAGAGGCAAAAGACCAAGAACGACUGUUGGCCGAUGUUCAGCGUAUCAAUCGUGAGUUUGAGUCGCAGAAGCGACAGAUGGGUGAGCGUGGGAACCGAGAACGCGAGGUGGCUUUGCAGAAGCUCGAUAAUGCCUAUUUUAAGUACAAGGAGAUUAUCAACAACCUCGAAGUUGGACGCAAGUUUUACAAUGAUCUGAACAAGAUUGUUGGACAGGGUUUCCGUGAUGUUAUUCGCGGUUGGGUGGCUCAGCGCCGCAUGGAGGCCAGAGCGUUGGAAGAAGAAAUCAACAUGCCGACAUUGUCAAACCUCAACAUCUCCCACCAACAACCUCCUGCCCAAAGCCCAAUGCCGUCGCACCAAGACCCCUCCCACUCAUACGCACCAUCACCACAACAAGCCCCUCAAGCUGUGCAGAGCCCAGCUCAGGCAAACAUACAAUCUUGGGGAGAGACGGUACAGCAGCCAAAGCCAGUGCAACCAACGCCGGUUGGUGCAAUGUGGACUCCUGGUAUGGGAAUCAAGUUUGGUCAGUCUGGUGGUUCAGGGCAGCCUCCUGCACCUGGGACAUGGAAUCCCAACUCUGGCAUCAAGUUUGGUUGA